CGAGGCAAAUGGGUGGCAGAAGGGUGGUUUAUCGACCAGGACGCGAACCUCGAGAAGCUCAGUAUUCGCGGGACCAUCACUCCGUUAAAACGGUCGCGCGCUAGACAGAAAUUUUCCGUGAUAUCUUUCUCUUCCUUAUUUGCCUUGUAACAAAGAGAAGAAAAAGAGAGCAAUUAAGAAGAAAGAAAUAAAAGAAGAAGUUCAAAGAGAAGAUCAAGGAGUGUCCGAUGCGAGUACCAUCGAAUUUUUAGACCAUCAUUCCUUGGUGAAACGCGCGAAUUUCAAAAGGAAUCACGACGUAGAGAUAAAAGCUCUUGCACAUCAAAGAUGAUUACGGCAUUACCAGUUCCAUCUGUAAAGGUCUUCCACAAAACUUAUUAUCAAGAGAAGGGAACAAGAAUAGGAAACAGCCAACCGGGAAGCCCAUUGGCAGAAAGCGAGGCAGUCUUAGCAUUGGUCGACAAAGAACCACCUGAAUAUUAUUUUUGUGGAAAGGUAAAUUCUCUCCACGUUGUCGUGGGAUCUUUACUUUUUGGAGCCGUCGUGCUCGUCGUCGGCUUAGUUCAGCUUGCACCGGGAGCCGAAGCCGCACAAAAUUCAGCUGUAUUGAUAGCGGCUGGAUGCGGUCUUCUCGUACUUGGUGUUUUAUUGGCGCCUCUUCGAGCUCUCUGUAUCAGAAGACGAAAGGCAGCUCAAAAGGACGGUACACAUCAGCGAAGUAUCACCAGCAUAGACAAACUUCUUUCUCAAAACAGAGAUUUCACUGUCCUAACACCGGACGAAUUGGAGGACCUCGUAGGAAGGCCGGCCUCAAGCUUGGAGAACAACAAACCGAGUUCGAAACAAGUUCGAAAUACCUAGGUAUUGUCAGCCUCGAAGAAGGCAAUGCCUUCGUCGCCGACUUGCUCGAACACAGCAUCCUCAUUGACAUCACCAGGAACGAGCUCAUCCAUUCUUUACACUCAUCGUUUCGACUCACGCGAGCACAGUCUCGUUUGAAAAAAAGCUUGAAGGCUUAUCAAAGCGAGCUUGAAAAUCGUUCGUUCUCCAUUUUAUCGUUUUUUGCUAAAUUGAAAAAGAAUGAUAGAAUUAAAAAGGGAAAAGAAAAUUACGACGACGACGAAGCACAUAAAAAAAUAAUUCAUUUAACAAUUAACGUUACUAUAUUCGAUCAUCUAAUGAUUUAUUACUCAAUUUUCUCUGUUAGUAUUACGGAUCUAACGUGUAAUACUAUCUUCGUUUCCGACCAAUUGGCGUUUUACUUGAUUAUUAUUAUGGUUUCGGGUCCAACGUGGAAAAACGUACGUUUCUGAUAUAUCGAUCUAUUAUCGGCAUGCUCGUAUUCCCAUUGGUAUAUAAACCGAAUCGUUCUACGUCAAACGAUGCAAUAUUAAUGAAAUUAUUAUUAAAUUCUCAACUUUGUAUUUUUCACACCAAUGAAUAUAAAGCUAUUUCUCUUCCACGAAAGUUUAUCGAAAUUUUAUUCCAAUUAGUUCUAAACUGAUGAGACUUUGAAAUUAGAUAAUAUUAUUUUUACGCAGCUCAAUUAAAUCGACAGACAAUUACAAUUUCACAAUAAUUCAGGUGAAAAAAUUAAAAUAAAGUAGAUCAGUUAAUUGUAAGCUAAACAGAAUUGAAUAAGUCUAUAAUAUUAUUAAAGAUAAUAAUAAUAAGCACGCAGGGGCCUAAGCCUAAUAUCUAUCAAUAAUUUAGUUUAUGAAAUAACGGGGAUAAUUUAUAAACUGCAUAAAUAAAUCGUUUCCUUGCAUUUGAAGUCAUAAACAUUUCAUCGUUAAAUCAUAAAUGCAGUCAGCUGUUAUUUCAGAAUACUCAUCAAUUUAGAAUGAUUUAUGUAGAUAAAAUUAGAUUCAAUCAAAACAUGGAGUCCACUAAAGUUGGCAAGUUUAACUUUCGAAAUCGAUUGAAAAUCUUAUCGAUUGACGUAGAAUGGCUCGGACAGAGAAACGAUACGUCGAUGAUUUAAGAUAAUUUGAGAUUAAACAGCGUUUUUUUUUCUUCCUUUCAAAAUAGUCGAAAAAGAAUUCAUUUUUAUUACGCGACUAUAAGUCGUCAUCGUUGAAUGUGAAUAUUCGUGAAUGAAAUUUCUUUUUCGACGAAAAAAAAAGGAAAGAAAAUAACGCGCUAAUUCGGCAAGGGUAGUCAAUGCUCGACCAAUCAAGGAUUGCCUCCCCUUCGUCGUACGUUGUUCAAGUUGCGGUCCACUCUUUGUGUUCCAAGAAAAAAAAAAAAUAUUAAAAAUUAAAAAGAGGAAAAAAACGAAGGUAUUCGUCAUGCAUUUAAUCGAACAUCUCUAAAGAAUGCUUAAAAAAGUGAACUAAAUAUUGAGCGAGUUGAGAUAUGACAUCCAUAUACAUAUAUACAUAUAAAUAAUAUAUACACUAUACUCGAGAGAAGACACGAAUAACAACAUAAUCAUAAAGUUAACCGAGAUGUAGCGACGUAAGUGUAUAUUUCUCGUAUCGUAAUUUUUCUAAUGGGAUUUGCGUACUUAACGUUUCUCCGAUGGACAACUGAGAAACGUAAUUUUCUGUUUUAAAAUCGUUAGAACGCGUUAGCCCGCGACAUACGUAUAUUACAUUAUGUAUAUAUUAUUUCCACCGUCAAUGGAAAUAAAUUCGAUUGAUGGUAACGCGAAAAAGAUCUCAUUUUCUUAUUCUUAUUAUUAUUACUACUUGUUAUUAUUAUUGUUAACAUAUUUAUCGUUCUUUAUUCUUCAAAAUAACGUUGGAUUUUGUCGUACCUCUCUUAAAAAAGAAAGUAUGUAAAUUUAUCGGGGAAAAAAAAGAAAAGGAAAACUUUGUUAUUCCGUUCAGUUUCGCCCACGCCAAAGUCAAUUUGUAGGAACCCUUUGUGCAUCGAAAGAAUAUAUAUAUGUAUAUGUAUAUAUAUGUGUAUAUAUAUAUAUACAUACAUAUAUAUAUAAUCGAUCAAUCCUCUUGCAAAAAAUAACGUCGUUACACGAAGGGUUUAAUGAAAUCGCGUUCGAACUCGGAAUAAUCCAUAUUACAAUCCCGUCAAGAUAUAAGUCUGAGCAACUGCCCUUAUUAAAAAUGAUGAUGAAGAAGAAGAAGAAGAAAAAAAAAUAUAAAAAAAAUAAAAUAAAAAGGUAUAUAAUAUAUACGUGUAUAAAUAGUGUAUCUCGUGAUAUGCCGUGACGAUCGGAUCUUUACUUUCACCCCGUAAACGAUCGUUUGGUAAACUCUUACUUUCGCCAUAAUGUCACGAUGAAAAAUUAGCUUAGAUAAACGCGAAGAUCUUCUUAUUUCGCGUAAGGUGAGAAAAUUAAUUUGGAAAAAAAUGUAUGACCGUUUUUAUCGUCGAUGUGUCACGUGCCUAGUAGCAAAAAUCGUUAAAUUAUUUCGCAUUUUUCGAAAGACACGAGUUCGCCCUCAUCGUGCUUAGCGAAGAUAAAUGAAAAUAGUAGAUAAAUAGUUUAGGGAUGCAAAGGAAAGCGUUCGCUUUAGAUUAACCUUACUUUAUCAAGUUCCUGCGAGAUUAUUAUAAAAAUGAUAAAAGGAGCUUCGGCGAUACAAUCUUUUCUAGCUUUUAAGCUGAUUUUUUAAAAGGAAAAAUAAUAAUAAUAAUAAUAAUAAUAAUAAUAAUAAUAAUAAUAAUAAAAGAAAAAAAACAAAAAAGGAAAAAGAAGAAGAAAAAAUAUUACGUGAAAGAUUAGCUCGAAGAUAAGCUUGUAAACGGCGACGAAUUCGAAUUCGAACUCGACGAACGGUGAUCCUUCCUUAGCUCGUAUUCUCGAGUUAAGAAAGUAUAGCCUUUUUGGAAUAUACAGGGAUAUAAAUAAUAAUGCGACGAAUGGGAAAUUAAAUUAAAGAGAUAGGUAUGUGAUAAUAUGCAGGGUGAAACAUUUUAAUAGGAAUUAUUGAACGUUUCUUUCCUAUUUAUUGGUGUACAAAAGAAAAAUAUUUCUCUUAGGGAAAAGUUAUGACGUUCGGAAAUAAAAUUAAGAUAUUUCCUUACGUUUUUUUUCCCUCUUAAAUAUCUUUCUCAUUCGGUUAUAAAUAAGAGAAAGAUUUUUCGAUGUUCCUAUUUAAAUAGUUCACCUUAUACAUAUGUAUCUACGUCCGAAUAGACGAACGUAAUUAUGGCUCUAAAAUCGACCCGCUAAUUUUAAUGUGGUCGAUAUCUUCGAUACCUAUUAUGCAUCGUUCGAAGUCGAAUUUUAUGCUUUUGGAAGCGCACAAGUUUUCAAAGUUUGCAAAAAUUUGAAUAGAGAUUGCGCUAAUUCAUUUCCUUCAUCACAUUGCGAUAAUUUUUCUAGAGACGUCACGUAACAUUUUAGAGAAAGAAAGAGAGAGAGAGAGAGAGAGAGAGAGAGAGAGAAGGAGAGGGAAAGGGAGAGAAAAAGAGAAAGAGAGUUAGGGCCUUCGCUUUUUCAAGGAUCGUAGAUAAGAAUUUUUCAUGCCACAAAAUAAUACUUGCGAAACACUUAUGUACAUUAAAUUUCGAUCUUUGAAUUUGCAAAUUUUUCUCGCCGACUCUACGAUCCCGAUCUCGACGUCCUAUUAGAAAAAUAUUAGAUAACUCGACAUAUAUAUCAUAGAGAUGAUCGAGAAUGAAUUUUGUCAUUGUCGAAAAUUUGUCGACGAUAGAAUAUCUCAGCGUGAGAUGAAAGGAAAAAUUAAAAAAGAUUGUAUUUCAUUCACGCUAGAUUAACGAACCCACAACAGUAAAACAUACCGAGACGAUAUUCGUAUUGUUUAAUGUGCUUCAUAUAUGAAACAUAAAUCGAUGUUUAAAUGUAUAGACAGAGAGAAAGAGAGAGAGAAAGGAAGAAAGAGAGAAAGAGAGAGAGAGAAAGAAAAACUCUUAGACAUUAAGUUUUAAUUCUUAUCGUAGAAUGCUAAGAACGUUAAGAAAAAGUUAAUAAAAAAGAGAAAAGAAAAGAUGAAUGUGAUCGAAACAGUUCUAAUCUUUAUUGUGGACGAAACGUGCGUUUAGAGGCUCUAGAUUAGAAUCGACUCUAUUCGCGAUCGCUUCUUCAUAUCAUAGGAACGCGUAUAACGUCCUUUUUAAUUUUUCAUUUUGCUUGGAGUGAUGAUUCUGGCAGAGACGAGCGUAUUCAUUAUCGAGAAAGAAAAAAAAAGAAAUUAAAUAAUAAUUAGAAAAUGAGGAAGCAGAAUUUCAUUGAGAAUAUAACGGAGAAGCGACGAGUGCUAUCGGUAUAUUAUUAUAUAUCUUAUUAGAACAGCGAUAGUUUUUAAUAAAUUCGUCGCACCGUUCUCUAUAUGAUUUCAAUCAAAAGUUUUUAGUAAAAUCCUCGCUCUUGGUAUAAAAUGCAGACUGUAGAGAAAAACAGAAAGAGAGAGAGAGAAAUAAUUUAUAUGCUAUAUAUGUACGGACGUGCAAAGGAAUUUUAAAGGAAACAUAUCCAUUGAUUCACCAACGCGGAGAAAUAUUUUUUCAUUACCAUUAGUGCUCACAAUUUCAGAAGAAAAUGAUUAUAAAAUAUAUCUAUAUAUUACGUACAUACAUACAUAUACAUACAAAAAUGCGCAUAUAUUCACAAAUACGCUACCUGCAUUUUUCUCACGAUCGAGGUCACAUUUGCUGUGGUUUACUUCCUUCCGUAAAAAGACAGAGAAAGAAAUAAGAGAUGAGAUACAGAGAAAGAGUGGGAGAAAGGGGGAAAAAAAGAUGGAAGAAACUUUUCGUAUAAGUUUCGCACGAUUUUUGUGGAUACGUUGCGGACGGAGGAAAAAAAAGAAGAAGCAAUUAUUUUCGAAUGUGAUGUAAUUCCUGUAAAGUUGUAAGAAGCGUGCCUGAAAUAUUUUAGGAAACUUUAUCAGUGUAGAGAAGAAAAAAAAAAGAAAAAAUAGAAAAAUGAAAAAAAAUUGAAGUCGAGAUGGAGUUUGUUUUCGUAAUUUAGCAUACGAGAAAAGUGCACGCUUGUUGUUGCGAUUAUUGUCUUUUGAAGCAUCACAAGAGAAAGAAAGAGAGAGGGAGAGAGAGAGAGAGAGAGAAAUAAAAGAGAAAGAGAAUAAACGUCGCAAUUAGAAAAGCUUUUUUAGAAAGCGAAUGGAUCGUUGAAAGAUAAUAUAAAAAAAAAAAUGGAUGAAAGAGGAGGAUCUUUCGUGAUUAGAUCGCGAGAUACCGCUUAGUUUUGUUCCAAAAAUAUCUCGGGCAUGAUAGGCUUUAAAAAAAGGAUAUAAAAGUUGAAUUUCGAUAGAGUGCAACGAGGAAGCCAUGGUCGUGUCGCGAGAUAGAUAAAUAAAAAAAGGAAAAGAUACGAUAAACAUUCGUAAAAAUUUGUUCGAAUAUUCGAACAAGUAGGAAAUUCCAAUUAAUUGAUAUCUAAAUAAACUCGGCACGAUUAUAGGAAAUUAAAAAUACUAAAUAUAUACAUAUAAAAUACGCUAACGAGAGACGGACUUUAGUAAAAAAAUUUUUAUCCUGUCGUUAUAAUAAAUAUACCUAUAAAGUAUAUAUACCCACGUACUCGAUACUUUCCGUUCGUUGAUCGAACUCUUCCGAACUUAUCGAUAAUCGAGUAUGAUUUCGAUAGAAAAAAAAAGAAAAAAGUAAAAAAAGAAAAAAUAAUAAGAAACGUUUGUAAAAUUCAUCGAAUACGAAUGUCAAAAUCAAGCGUGUACAUAAAUUCCUAUAACUCUCCUCAUAUUCAUCGUUGUUCGAAUUCGUUGAAUUUUAUAAGACGACGUAAUUGUCAAAAAAGAAUUUUUCGAUCGUCGAUUAAUAUACCUAUCUAUUAUCAUACUUUUAAAGGAAAAAACUUUAGCCAUUAUAAUAUAACUAUAUCUAAUAACGAAAUUCUUCAUUAAUGAAGAAACCAUAGCCGUCUUUUUAUCAAACUUUAUCAUAUCGCAAAAACUUGAAUGGAAUCGUCUUCUAACGAUUGAAGAUCAUAUAACUAAUCGUGUCUAAAUUACGAAAUUAAUUACGAUCUCUUACGAUAUUUGGAACAGUUGUCAACGAUAUUUAUACUUAAUACGUAUAACGAUAUCUCUACAUAUAUACAUAUAUAUACAUACAUAGAUACAUACAUAAUACAUACAUAGAUACAUACAUGAUACAUAUAUAAUACAUACAUACUAUAUAUGUAUCUAUGUAUGUAUUAUAUAUGUAUCAUAUAAUGAUACAUAUAUAAUACAUACAUAGAUACAUACAUAAUACAUACAUAGAUACAUACAUAAUACAUACAUAGAUAUAUACAUAGAUACAUAUAUACAUACAUACAUAUAUGCAUACAUAUAUAUUAUAUAAUAUAAUAUCGAAACAAUUAUCAAAAUAAAUCACGACGGCUUCUCGUUGUACACUAGAGUCCGUGAUUAAUAUUAAGUCAUUCAACGCACACUCAUAGCUCUAAGGGUUUUUAUAAUGGUGCUCUAUGGAGGCAAUCGUAUAAUUCGAUUGGUAUUUCAAAAGAUCAACAACGUUGCUCAUAAGAAAGAAAGAAAGAAAGAAAGAAAGAUUUUCUGUAGAACAUCAUGAUACAUACCGACAUAUGUAAAUAUACUUUAUGAUAGUUUGUAACGAGAAAGAAAUGUAAAAGGAUAGGAAAGAAAAAGAAAGGGAGAGAAGAGGAAAAGAAAGGGAUAGAAAUGUUUGUCAGAAAAAUGCUAGCGAUCGUUUUAAAGUUUCUUUUUUCUCAUUUUUUUUCUCUACUUGAUUGACAAAGUAGAUACAAAUUUAAAAAAAGAAAGAUAAAAGAAAAUAAAAUCGUUCAUGAUCCAAAGAACUAUCGAUACUCGUUGGAAAGAUAAAAACGAAAAACAAACGAUAUAAAACGAUCGUUUUUUCUUCUUUUUCUGUUAUCAGGAAGAAAAAGAAAAGAAAAAGGCACGGGUGAUACUGUAGAAAGAAACGAGAAUAGAUUACCUAUUGCAUUACCGAUUAGUAGAUUUAAUCGAAAAAAGGUCGAUAAGCUUAAAAAGAUUAGCAGUAACGAUUUAAAAGAUUAAGAUCGAAUUCAUAGACUCGAAUGCUUAAGUUAAGUUAAAGACGAUUUCUUGUCGCGGAUUUCCAAACGAAAAAAUCUCCGCAAUCGGAAAUUUCAUCUUGUGUUCCGUCGUCGUAAGAUGUGCGAAUUCGAUCGCUAAGUUAUUUAAUCAUUUGUCAGUUUUUAUAAUCGCUCGAACGGAAAAAAAAUGAUUUCUGUUGGGGAAACAAAAAAGGAAGAUAAUGAAGAGCUUGAAUAGUAAUUAAAAAAAAAAAAAAAAAAAGAAGAAAGGGUAAUACACGUUGUAAGAACUUCGACGUAUUUAAUAAAUGCAUUUAAUGGAACGGAGACUGUGUUUGCAAGCUGUGUUCUCAAACGUAAGAUGGAAACGUUAAUUAUUAUAAAAUUAACGCGAAGACAAACGUGAUGAAAAUGAUUCGACGUGAUACGAAUAAUCGUUGUAAAUGUUAUCUACAAUGUAAACGUUUAUUCGAGCCAUUUAUACCUGGCUAAAAAUAAGAAUCGGUACUUGUAGUGAUUUAACGAACAUGUCAUUACUUUAUCGCUUAAGAAUUACGUUAAUCCGUAUAUUUUGUAAGCCAAGAUUAUCGAUAGUGAUUAAUAAAUAUUACUACGUAUUACGAUAAGCAUCAA